AUGGCCAGUGCAAUAUCAUUCUUAACGACAAAUAAAGGUGAACCAUUACUAGUGUUUAACCAAUAUAUGCUCAAAUGCAAUAAAACGUCCUUAUCAAAAAAAUAUUGGGUUUGUACUGAACAUCGAUAUGACGUAUAUGUACACACCAAUUUAGAAAAUGAAUUUUUAUUGAUUACUGGUGAUCAUAACCAUGUGAUAAAUCCGAAUACGUUAGAAAUAAAAGCAAUUGAAGACAAAAUGAAAAAUCGCAUUUUAAAUGAAACAACGUCGAUUAUGAAAAUCUAUGAUGAGGAAAUCGCAAAAGUGCAUUUGUCUGAUGAAGGAGCUGCAGAACUUCCAACAGUCAUUGAAUACCGUGUGCCAGUUGCAUAUUGUUUGUUAUCAAAUCGACGAGCAACUACAUACAUCGAAUUAUUUCAGCGAUUUAAACAAGAAGCAACACUAUUAGGUAAACAAUUUCAACCGACACACGUUGUAUCUGAUUUCGAAUCAGCAAUUAUGUCCGCAGUUCGACACGUAUUUCCAGCUGCUAAGCAUUCAGGCUGCUUAUUCCAUUUUACUCGCAACGAUACGCCAACAUGCAAGGAAUUGAUGGGUCUAAGCUUAAUGCCGAUUUGUGAAGUAGAACAACAAUUCAAACGUAUUCGAGAAAUAUUAUCUUCAUCGUUAUAUGAUUUAUUAGUAUACUUUGAACGUCAAUGGAUAAAAGGUAGUGUUCCUCUAUCAAUGUGGAAUUCGAAUGAUGUUGAUCAUCGAACCAAUAGCAUCUCGGAAGGUAAUGAAAUAAAAUGUUUACGAAUUAAACUGAAAUUCUUUUUAAAUUCAUGUAUGUUAAUUCUAGCGUACAACCGUAGAUUUUCAACAAGAAUAAGCAAAAAACAUCCAAACGUAUGGACUUUCAUAAAGUUGAUUCAAAGUGAAAAUGUUCGACUUGAACAUAUAAUAGCUCAACUAAGUGGUGGUGCCUCAUCUUCAAAGAAAUCAAAGAACACAACAGGGUUUCAAAAACGAUUUGGAACGCUUAAAAAACGAUUCAACGAUAAUGAAAUCAAUACAAAGCAAUUAUUGAAGGGAUUAGCAUUACUACUUGGAUCACACAAAAAAAGAAAAUAA